AUGAAGAGACGAUUCUCUAAGAUGCCAUUCGAGCCGCAGCUCAAAGCUGUCAAAACUCGCCUGGAGAGUCGAUGCGGCUUAUUUCUUUGUAUGCGCCAGUCGAAUGAUGAUCCUUCCACCAUCGUCGUUGGAGGAAACAAAGACAAAACCGACCCAAGUUGCAUGUUCUAUUUGAUCCCCGUCGGCCUGCGAGUCGUAUCAAUCCAGCAUGCUGAAACCGGAAACUUCGUCGCAAUGAAUUCAAAUGGAAAAAUCUAUGCAAGUGAAAUUUUCGGACUCGAGUGCAAAUUCAAAGAAAACGUCUUCGAAAACUACUGGUGUAUUUACUCCUCUCUUCAGUACAAGCAUCCCGAGACGCAGCGACCAUGGCAUUUGGGACUGAAUGAAAACGGAAAGUGCAUAAGAGGAUCGAAGGCGAAAAAGGACAGAAAUGUUUCACACUUUCUCCCUCGCCCUGUGGAAGUGAUGAUGAUGCGCGAACCUUCGCACCAAGAAAUCGUCGGUCAAUCACGAAGCAGCCAGGCGUCCGGAAUCAACGAAGUAACGGGCGAACAAACUGUUUGA